AUGAAUUAUACAAUUUUAGUAAAUGUCGAAAAAAUCAGGGAGUAGGGAUAUGCGUACCUUCUUAUUUUAUAUGGCUUUUGCAAAUGCAGUUUUUCACUCCAAUAGCCAAGAACUGUCGUCUGACAGAGUGACACUGACAAGUGAAAAGGGUGCUCAUACAGUUGUUAAUUUUCAAUGUGGGGUUCGUCAACAGGCGACAACUGAAUCUGAUACAGCAAGACAGACCCAGGGUCGACCAGGAAAGAAAGGUCCGAUUGGGCCUAUGGGUCAAAAGGGAGAAAGAGGUUUUAAAGGAGAACAAGGCAUGAAAGGAGAACCGGGGAAUGACGCAGAUUUACAGCGAGUUCGACAGGAAAUAGGAUCAAUGGCUGUAUCGAACUGUGGUGAACUCAAAGAAUAUGGAAUUACAAAAACAGGUUAUUAUUUGAUGAGGGAUCCAGAAAGUUUAAAUGCAAUAUAUGCAUACUGUGAUUUUCAGCCCAAAAAUGGCGUUUCUACGUGUGAGCAGCUUAAAAACAAGUUUCACAUAACUGAAUCAGGAUUUUACACUUUCUUGGCAUCGAAUUCAACCCAAACAUUUCAAGUAUACUGCAAUUUUUCCAACUUCAAAGCCGUGACAGAAAUUUGGCAUGAUUUAAUGCGAGAGAAAAAUAUAAAGAACUGCGAGGGUAAAGGCUGUUAUUCCACCACGCCGACGUACAGCAUUUCCAUCAAACAUAUUAUUCAAAUCAUCAAAAAUUCUGUGGAAUGUAAGCAGUACAUAAAGUUUCGAUGUCGCGGCGCUGUCAUCGCCCACACGAAUCCAGCCUCUCCUUUCGCAUGGUGGACAUCACGGGAUGGGGAAAAAAUGCUUUACUGGGGAGGUUCAACUUCAAGACAAAACGGAUAUUGUGCAUGUGGAGAAACAGGCACGUGCGUCAACAACCAAUAUAAAUGUAAUUGUGAUAACAACGGUAACGUGAUGACACAAGAUGAAGAAUACUUGACGGAUAUGGAAAAAUUGCCCGUCAGUAAAAUGUCUUUCGGCGAUGCAGGAGAUCCUUCUGAAUACGGUUGGCACACAUUGGGAAAGCUUGAAUGCAUGUAGUAACAAUUAUAUAUCUACGCUGGAAUUGUUUACAUAAUAUGCUUGCAUUUGCUC